AGCCUUUCUCAUGCCAUGCUGCUCUUCUUGUAGUUGCUUCAUGUUUUGAACAUGGUUACGGGAACUGUGCACACCUACCCUGUGACAGAGGAAGAGACUUUGCAGAGUGUAAAGGCCAGGAUUCAGUCAGAUACAGGAAUUCCAGAACAGGACCAGGAACUACUGCAGGAAGCAGGACUUGCAUUGUUUUCUCAGAAGCUGGUCACUAAACAUACAGCUGAUAGCAAGGUGAAUGAUACUGCAGCUGCAGACACAGACCUCCUCUUCCUCUUUGAUAGCAAGAAAGUUUCCUAUGAGGCUCAGGUGGCCUUGCGUCCUCAUCCAGAAAGUGUUGACUGCAUCCUUCAGGAUCCAAAGAAGAAUCUCCACUUUUUCCAGUUGCGGAAAGUGUGGGGUCAGAUCUGGCACACAAUCCGGAUGCUGAAAGAGGACUGUAACCGGCUUCAGCAGGGGCAGCGAGCAGCCAUGAUGAAUCUGUUGCGUUACAAUAGUACCCUCUCAAAGAUGAAGAAUUCAAUGGCCUCCCUUUCUCAGCAGCUGAAAGCAAAGCUGGACUUCUUUAAAACAAGCAUCCAAAUCGAUCUGGAAAAGUAUAAAGAGCAGAUUGAAUUUGGAAUUACUUCUGAGAAGCUGCUGUUUGCCUGGGAAGAGAUGGAGCAAGCUGUGGAACUUUGUGGGCGGGAGGAUGAUGUGGACCAGUUAGUGAAAAGGAUGAUGGCCCUGCAGACAGACAUUGUGGACCUGCAGCGAAGCCCACUAGGUCGUAAACAAGGAGGAACACUGGAGGAUUUAGAAGAACAAGCCAGAGAGCUGUACCGAAGACUGAGAGAGAAGCCAAGAGGUAAAAGACACUUUACUCAAGAUCAGAGGACAAGCGGUGACAGCCAGGAAAUAGUACGACUGCUCCUACAGGCAAUCCAGACCUUUGAAAAAAAAGUUCGAGUCAUUUAUUCUCAGCUCAGUAAAACUGUAGUUUGCAAACAGAAGGCAUUGGAAUUGUUCCCCAGAGUGGAGAAAGUGAUGACUCUGAUGAGUGAAGAUGAGGAAACAGUUGUUAGGCUUCAAGAGAAACGACAGAAAGAACUGUGGAACUUGCUGAAAAUUGCUUGUAGUAAAGUACGUGGUCCUGUUACUGGCAGUUCAGAGAGCAUGAACACAUCACGUCUCGGUAGCUCGGGUCAGCUGCUGCUGCAAGUCCCUUCUGGAACAUACAAUUUAUCAGACUCUGUAAGAAAAAGUGAGGAUCUACUGAUGGAAUCUCGGAAACUUUGUAGCCAACUAGAAAAUGUGAUGCAUGACACAAUGAAGGAUCAAGAACAGAGUUUCUUGGCUCUAGACUGGAGCUGGCUGCAGUUUCAGGUAGAAGAAACAAACAGUCCAGGACAAACCGAGAUGUAAAAUCACUUUGGUUGCCUCUGAAGCCAUGCUACUUUGGGAAGCCAACUGUGAAAAGCUGCUGCCUCUGAGAAGGGAGUAUCAACUGCCUUCUUCUACUGUCACCAACUGCUUAUGUGAUACAUACAGCCUAGUUUUUAGUAUCCACUUGUCAGACACUUUUUCACAAAGAUACAGUAGGGAAUGCCUGCUCUUAACUGCUUGGAAAAUGUUCUUAAUUGUGCCUUAAGACAGCAGAUACUCUGUCCUGAUCAAUCACCUGUGGCUGUUUUGCUGCAUUUUAGGCUUUCUAAUGAACAAUGGACAUACACCCAGUCACUGGUAGAUUUCACCUUCCUAAUGAACUGUGAACUUAAUUUCUUAACUUUGCUGAUUUGCACUUUUUUUCUUUACGUGUAAUGGUUGUACUUACCUAAUACUUGUUUCCUGUAUGGGAACGAAAUUAUCUAAAACAUGUAAACUUUUGGUUUGCUCUUUUUGAUGCGCUCAAUAACACUGUAAUGGAAAAA